AAUCGCAAAUAUUAAAUUAAACGAAUAAAAAUAAAAGAAAAAGUGUUUGAUAAAAAUAAAAGUUAAAUCUGAAGAAUUUGAAGACUGAAAGAGUGAUUUUAAUAACGGAAAAAAAAAAGUUUUUCGACCUUCUUUUUAGUGCGUUUAUUAAUCGAUUUUGUUAGAAAUGAAAGGGGGAAGAGAGAAGCUUUGGUCGAAAUUGUCCAGCACGUUCUUGAGAAAAUGGUGGUUCGUGGCGGCUGUAUCAUUAGGAAUUAUUUUAUUAGGCGGAUUAGUUGCGUUUUUCUUUAUGAGUUGGGUUAACAUAGUUUUACAUCACCAAAUCGUUUUGAGAAAGGGUUCUCAAACUUUCGAUUUAUGGUCGAAACCGCCAGUUCAUCCCGUUUUAAAAGUUUACGUUUACAACGUAACGAACGCCGAUGAGUUCUUAAACAACGGAACUAAACCGGAAGUGAACGAAAUCGGACCUUACAUUUACAUCGAAACCUGGGAGAAAAAGAACUUAAGAUUCCACGAUAACGGAACGAUUACGUUCAAUCAGGAAAAAAUCUACAUUUUCGACCCAAUUAACUCGGCUGGAACUGAAGAUGACGUCGUCGUCGUUCCAAAUAUUCCAAUGCUUAGUGCAACAUCACAAUCGAAACACGCAGCGAGAUUUCUACGUCUAGCUAUGGCGAGCAUCAUGGACAUUUUAAAAGUGAAACCCUUCAUAGAGGUCUCUGUUGGUCAAUUGCUAUGGGGUUAUGAUGACCCCCUCCUAAAAUUAGCCAAAGACGUCGUGCCGAAAGAUCAAAAACUUCCUUACGAACAAUUUGGGCUUAUGUAUAAUAAAAAUGGUACUUCAAAAGAUAACGUGACUUUAUAUACGGGUUCUGGUGAUAUCAAAAAAUUCGGAUUAAUCGACAACGUAAAUGGAAUCAGCAACUUAUCGCAUUGGAAAACCGAUCAAUGUAACGCCCUAAAUGGAUCUGAUGGGUCAAUUUUCCCACCUCAUAUCACUCAAAAUACCACGUUGUAUUUGUAUGAUAAAGAUCUUUGUCGAUUACUUCCAUUAAAGUUUAAAGAAGAAAUCGAAGGUCCAAAUAAAGUCCAAGCUUAUCGCUUUUCCCCGGCUAAAAACGUUUUUGGCACACCCGAAGAAAACCCGGAAAAUGAUUGUUUUUGCCCCCAAGGCCCCCCUUGCUCCCCAUCCGGAUUCUUCAACGUUUCUCUUUGCCAAUUUGAUUCUCCCAUUUUGUUAUCAUUCCCUCAUUUUUAUCUUGCAGAUGAUAGCUAUAGGGCUGCGUUUAAUGGCAUUUCGGAACCCGAUCCAGAAAAACACGCGAUGCAUUUAGAUGUCCAGCCCUUAAUGGGAGCUGCUGUUUCGGCGAAAGCUCGCCUCCAAAUCAACCUCGCAGUUUCCCAAGUAGUCGACAUUAAGCAAGUUGCGAAAUUUCCUUCCAUCAUAUUUCCUAUUAUUUGGUUCGAGGAGGGAAUCGAUGGUUUGCCGGAUAACGUAACGAAUCUAAUGAAAUUGGCCUCGACCGUCCCACCAAUAGCCAGGACCGUAUUAACCGGGGUUUUGGUCGUAAUCGGAUUUUUGUUGUUAAUGGUGGCAGUUUGGAGGUUAGUUCGAGGGGCGAAUCGGCUCAGUUCGUUGCAAUUAGCGACGGGGCACAUCGGAAAUGGGGCAAAUUCGCCGUCGAAGCCCGACAUCCCAAUGAGUAACGUUAAACAAUAAAGAUUUUGUGAUUCCAAUUUUUUGUAAAAAUUAAAAAAGAUCUAAAUUAAUGACCAAAAAAAAUUUUUUAUUAAGACAAGAUUAAAUAAAUAAGACUUAGACGAUUAUUUUUGCUCAGAUACUUUUUUAAAAAUUAAAAUUAUAGACAAUUUUUAAUUAAUAAUAAUUAAAAAAAUUAGGAAUUAGAGAUAAAAUUGGGCCAGAUAUUUUUUUUUGGUGUAUUUUUUUUAAUUUUAAAUUUAUAUUUUUUUUGUUAAUU